UAGUGAAGAAAAUUUGUCCUUCAACUAAGAUCUCUUCUUACAGAAUACUAAGAAAACACAAAAAAACAGAAGUUGUUGAGAUUCUGCUGCCAUUUUUUUUUUGGGGGUGAUAAAUUUACUUGAAAUUGAAAUGGGUAAUUCUGAAAAAAUAGAGAAGAAAAACAAAAAGAAGAAGAAAAUGAGGAGCGGCGAAUCAUUUAGGUCGAUGUUCAUGCAUGCCGAUGGUUGGGACAUUUUUCUAAUGUUCCUCGGCUUAUGCGGCUCUGUCGGCGACGGUGUUUCCAUGCCGGUUAUGCUCUUAAUCACCAGCAAACUCAUGAACAGCUUCGGACACUCUCAAUCUUCACUUGCUCUUGAUUUCUCUCACAGCAUCAACCAGAAUGCGUUGGUACUUUGCUACAUGGCAUGUGUGCAGUGGGUGGCUUGUUUUCUUGAGGGGUAUUGUUGGACAAGAACAGCAGAGAGACAAGCUUCAAGAUUAAGGACAAGGUACUUAAAAGCUGUAAUGAGGCAAGAUGUCGGCUACUUCGAUUUACACGUCACUAGCACCGCCGAGGUUAUCGAAAGCGUCUCGAGCGACAGCCUCGUUAUUCAAGAUGCCAUUAGUGAAAAGGUUCCGGUUUUCGUGAUGAACCUAUCGACUUUCUUCGGUUCGUACCUAGUGGCGUUCGUAUUAUUGUGGAGAUUAGCAAUUGUGGGAUUCCCAUUUAUAGUGUUUCUACUCAUUCCGGGUUUAAUGUACGGUAGAGCUCUUAUGAGCAUUGCGAGAAAAAUCAGAGACGAGUAUAAUAAAGCCGGUGUAAUUGUCGAACAAGCCCUUUCUUCUGUCCGAACGGUAUAUUCGUUUGCCGGAGAAAGCAAGACCAUCGCCUUGUACUCUGCUGCACUUCAGGGGACAGUGAAAUUAGGAUUAAGACAAGGCUUAGCGAAAGGAUUAGCCAUUGGAAGCAACGGCAUCGUAUUUGCAAUUUGGUCCUUCAUGUCUUAUUACGGUAGCAGAUUGGUCAUGUACCAUAAUGCUCAAGGCGGCACCGUUUUUGCCGUUGGUGCCGCAAUUGCUAUCGGUGGAUUAUCAUUGGGUUCGGGUUUGUCGAACAUGAAGUACUUCUCCGAAGCGAGUGCAGCUGCUGAACGAAUAAAGGAAGUGAUCAACAGGGUUCCGAAAAUCGACUCGGACAAUUUAGAAGGACAAAUAUUACAACACGUGUUAGGACAAGUCGAAUUCAGACAUACCGAAUUUGCCUAUCCAUCACGCCCCGAAAGCUUAAUCUUCCAAGAUUUAAACCUAAAAAUCCCGGCUGGAAAAACGGUGGCAUUAGUGGGAGGAAGUGGAUCGGGAAAAUCAACGGUGAUUGCUCUAUUGCAGAGAUUUUACGAUCCAAUCAGCGGUGAAAUUCUUCUCGACGGGGUGGCUAUCGAUAAAUUGCAGCUCAAAUGGCUGAGGUCACAAAUGGGAUUGGUUAGUCAAGAACCGGCACUAUUCGCCACCUCGAUUAAAGAGAAUAUACUCUUCGGCAAAGAAGAUGCUUCGAUGGAAGAGGUUAUAGAUGCUGCCAAAGCUGCUAAUGCUCAUAACUUCAUUACGCAGCUGCCUCAGGGUUACGACACUCAGGUUGGGGAGAGAGGAGUACAGAUGUCAGGAGGGCAGAAGCAGAGAAUAGCAAUAGCACGAGCCGUAAUUAAGGCCCCCAAAAUUCUCCUACUCGACGAAGCCACGAGCGCACUCGACUCGGAAUCGGAACGAGUUGUCCAAGAAGCCCUCGACAAGGCGGCGGUUGGCCGCACCACCAUCGUCAUUGCCCACCGCCUCUCCACUGUCCGAAACGCUGAUCUCAUCGCCAUCGUCCAAAACGGCCAGGUGGUGCAAAUCGGCUCCCAUGACGAGCUCAUCUCGGACGAUCGCUGCCUCUACACUUCCCUCAUCCGCCUCCAACAAACCGAAGAAUAUCCCAAAGAAUAUUCCAAUCCAAUUAAUAUCGGACCACCAUCAUCCAUUAUCACAAAUAACGACAUCAUACAAAACACGAGUAGUAGAAGGCUCUCAUUGGUCAGCCGAUCCAGCUCAGCAAACUCGGCGGCCCUACAUAGCCGAUUACCAGAAGUGACGAUUUUGCCCCGCGAACAAGUUAUUCGAACGCCUUCAUUUAGAAGAUUACUAGCCAUGAACCUUCCGGAAUGGAGGCAGGCAAUACUAGGGUGCACAUCUGCAAUAUUCUUCGGUGCUAUUCAACCGCUGUACGCAUUCGCAAUGGGAUCCAUGAUUUCGGUUUAUUUUCUGAAAGACCACAACGUGAUCAAGGAGAGGACGAAGAUUUACUCAUUGUCUUUUCUCGGUUUGGCGGUUUUUUCUCUCUUGAUUAAUAUUUGCCAGCACUACAAUUUUGCUGCAAUGGGCGAAAAGUUGACGAAGAGAGUCAGAGAGAGAAUGCUGUCCAAAAUCCUCACAUUCGAAAUCGGGUGGUUCGAUCAAGAUGAGAAUGCCACAGGUGCAGUGUGCUCGAGACUAGCCAAAGAUGCCAAUGUGGUGAGAUCUCUGGUAGGCGAUCGGAUGGCUCUGGUGAUCCAGACGUUCUCUGCAGUGAUCAUAGCUUGCACAAUGGGCCUCGCUAUAGCGUGGAAACUCGCAUUGGUAAUGAUAGCCGUACAACCCCUAAUCAUAGUUUGCUAUUAUUGCAAACGAGUCCUCCUAAAGAACAUGUCGAAAAAAUCAAUGAAAGCUCAAGACGAAAGCAGCAAGCUCGCGGCAGAAGCCGUAUCCAAUCUCAGAACAGUCACCGCCUUCUCUUCGCAGGCCCGAAUACUCAAAAUGCUAGAAAAAGCCCAAGAAGGCCCGCAGAAGGAAAGCAUACGACAAUCUUGGUUCGCCGGAAUCGGGCUCGGAACUUCUCAGAGCCUCAUGACUUGCACAUGGGCCCUCGAUUUUUGGUACGGCGGGAAACUGAUAGCGGAAGGGUUCAUCGGAGCUCAGGCGUUGUUCCAGACGUUCAUGAUAUUGGUGAGCACGGGCCGGGUCAUUGCCGAUGCCGGAACCAUGACGAACGAUCUUGCUAAAGGCUCCGAUGCGGUGGGGUCCGUUUUCGCGGUUUUGGACCGUUACUCGUUGAUUGAACCGGAGGAUCCGGAUGGGUUUAAACCCGAGAAGUUAACGGGUCGGGUCGAGAUAUGUGACAUUCAUUUUGCUUACCCGGCAAGACCCGACACGAUGAUAUUUAAAGGGUUUUCGCUGGAAAUUGAGGCGGGAAAAUCGACGGCGCUCGUAGGGCAGAGUGGAUCAGGGAAAUCGACAAUCGUAGCCCUAAUCGAACGGUUCUACGAUCCUGUACGAGGAUCCGUGAAAAUCGACGGAAGAGAUGUGAAAUCGUACCAUUUGAGAUCGAUGAGGAAGCACAUCGCGCUGGUGAGCCAGGAGCCGGCGCUCUUCGCCGGGACCGUGAGGGAUAACAUCGCGUACGGAGCGUCGGAUGACGUCAGCGAAGCGGAGAUCGUGGAGGCGGCGAAGGCGGCGAACGCGCACGAUUUCAUCGCGGGGUUGACGGACGGCUACGAUUGCUUCUGCGGGGAUAGAGGCGUGCAGCUCUCCGGCGGGCAGAAGCAGAGGAUCGCAAUCGCCCGGGCGAUACUGAAGAAUCCGGCGAUUCUGCUGCUGGACGAGGCGACGAGCGCGUUGGACUCGCAGUCGGAGAAGGUGGUGCAGGACGCGCUGGAGCGCGUGAUGGUGGGGAGGACGAGCGUGGUGGUGGCCCACAGGUUGAGUACUAUACAGAACUGUGACGUCAUCGCUGUCUUGGAUAAGGGGAGAGUGGUGGAGAAAGGGACCCACUCUUCUUUGCUGGGUAAAGGGAUUAAUGGAGCUUAUUAUUCUCUUGUUAGUCUUCAGAGGGCGCCAUCUGGCACUACUUAAUUCCUAAUUAAUCACCUAAUAAUAUAAUUAAGGGCAUAUUACAAAUAAGCCCAUCAGUGGGAA